AUGGGAUAGAUUAACAAUAGUACUAUUCUAAAAUAAGAAGCAAUAAAUUUAGCUUAGAAAAAUUACAAACGUAGAGUUAUUAAUGAUGCUUAUGAAAUAAAUUAAUGUUUGCUAAUAUCAUCUGUGAUUGAUUAAAUAUCAUAUGAUUUAAGUAGUGUAAGUUAUAAAGUAUCAAGUAUGACUGUAAAUCCCUUAACAUAUGAUCCUAUUAGCUUUGAAUUAUUAAUGAAGGAGGAUUAAAUGCAAAUGUAAUCAAAGAUAAUGUAUAAAUAUGAAGUAGAGAGACCUUAAUCGAAAUAAAGAAAAUAUAAAACUGUAACAACUUAAACAGAUUUCACAUCAAAUAAGGAAAUCUUUUAAUAUUCAUCUGAUAGAAAAUAGUAUCGUAAUAAUCAUAGUUUUGGGUCUGAUAUUAUUUAUAAAUAUCAGAUUGAUGAUAAUGGUAAAUAAUAAAUUGAUGAGAAACCAAAUAAUAGGUAUUAAGAAUAAUAAUAAGAUAAUUUAUUUCAAAAGGAAAAAAAGUAAAAUAUCACAAAAUACUAGCAACCGAAUUCUUUGGAGAGAACAAAUAUUUUUAAAUUAGAGUAUGAAAAAACAGAAAAUUUUUCUAAUGACCAGACAGAAAAUGCAAGUAUUUUAUCAAUCAGUUAGAAUUUUGCAAAUUUAAAAAAUCACCCUUUUCAAAAUGAUGAAAGAUCAUAUAUUUAAAAUGAAAGAUAUUGGUCUUCAAGUCAUUCAUCUACAUUUAUAGAUAUUCCAACAAAUGUUGGACCUAGAUCAUAAACAUAAAAAAAUUUAUCAUAGAAUCAUUAAUAAUUAUAAAAUAAUGUCGAUUAAAAAGUAUAUUAAAAAACACAAAAUUUUUAAGAUGGAAAUUAGCGUUUGACUUAUUAAUAAUCUUUUGGAUAAUUGAAAACUUAAGCUCUAUAAUAGUAAUAAUAAAUAUAUUAAUAGUAAAAAAAUAAAUAGUCUCUAAACUAUGAUUAAAUGAAUUUAUAAUAAUAAUAAUCUCAAUAAUAAUAUUAUUAACAAUAAUAAAAAUAAUUGUACUAAUAAUAAUAAUAAUAGUAAUAAUAAUAAUAAUAAUUACUAUUAUAAUAACAAAAUUAAGAAAAAUUAUCUUAUAAUAAUUAAAAUAAUAGAAAAAAUAUUUAAAAUCAAGGAUUUGAUUAUCCAAUUUUAAACAAUGUUUAGACUGAAUAAAGUCCUUAUUAAGGUUAUACUUAGAUUCAUUCAAAUAAAAAAAAAAGUUAAUAAUCUAAUUAAUUUGGAAAUGCUCCUAUAAAUAAUUUAUCUUAAUAGUAAAAAUAGAGAAAUCCUUAUCAAUAAAAUUAAUAAUACUAACAAUCACCUAAAUAAUUUGAAUAAUAAUAAAGAGGAUUACCUUAAGCCUCUAUAUAGUAGUCAAUUUAAUCUAGUUAGGGAUAAUAAAAAGAAUCUAUGCGUUAAUAGUUUGACAGAUUACUUAGAGAAAGUAAAAAUUCAAAGGAUUAUUGGAAAUCAAUUAAACCUAAAAAUACUAAAAAUCCAAAUGAACAAGAAUUUAAUUAAUAGGGAGAAUAUUAAAAUCAAAAAUAAAAUAGCCCUGAUUAUUAUUAAAAAUUGAAGCAAAAUCAUUUAAAAUAAAGUUAAUCUCCAAUUUCUCUUUAAAAAUAAUAAUAAUAAAGUCCAUCUAUAAAAAAAGUUCAAUAAAUUUAAGAAAAAAAAUUCGAACUUACAAAUGCAAUGAACAUUUCUCCAGAAAAAUAAAUAUAAACACUUUAAGAUGCCAGAUAAAAUUAAUAAUAAUUGAGAAUCUAGAAUAAGCAAUCAAAUGAUUUACAUUUAGAAGAACUAAAUUAUAAAAUACAGGAUAUUCAAAAAUAGAAUUUAAAAUUAGAUGAUAAAAGUUAAAAACUACUUGGUUAAAUAAAAUAGGAUGUAUCUAAUUUGCAAACAGCAAUAACUUAAAAUAUAUCUCCAUCAGAAAGAGGAUUAAGAAAAAAAGAAACAAUAAAAAAUGGAAUAAACUUAGAUGAUUUAUUAGAAUAUGAACAAAGUUCAAUAAACUUAGAUGAAUUAGCUAGUUACAGAGGUAGUUAAGAAUACAAAAUAUAAGAAGAUUAAAAUAAUUAUCAAAAUUUUUGA